AUGGACUUCUCCAUCGAGCCCGUUCUCCCAAGCGACGCCCCCCGCAUAGCAGAAAUAUAUUUCUCCGCCUUCAACAACCCCCUCAGCAUGCGACUCAUGCCUCGCAACGAGGAAGGAUACGCAUUCCAAGUGGCAAACUACAAAAAGUCCGCCGAAGAAGCCCAAUCCGGACCAGAAAAAGACAUGGUCAAAGUCGUCGGGACAGCACCAGGCCAGGACCCCGUGAUCGCGGGGUUCGCGCAGUGGAAGUUCUACGAUGGCACGCCUAUUGAUGAAGGGGAGAAGAAGGAAAAGACCCAGUGGCCGUCUGGCAGUGAUGCCGAGCUCUGCGAUAGUUUUUUUGCGCGCGUUGAGAGGGAGCGGAGGACCGCGAUCGGGGAGCAGCCGCACUACUGCCUUCAAUUGCUCGCCGUAGACCCUGCGUUCAGCCGUCGCGGGCUAGGCGAGAAGCUGCUGAAAUGGGGUCUUGAUCGGGCGGACGAGAAAGGACUCGUAACCUUCAUAUCGGCGUCGCCGGCCGGACGGGGAUUGUAUGAGAAACAUGACUGUAAGGCUGUGCACAAUUACGAGGUUGUCCCUGGAUACUCGGAGACGUCGAUGGUGCGACCGGUGGCAGGUCUGUCGAGAGGAUAG